GUUCGCAGUGCGCCAGUAGUGGCAGCAGGGGGCGUUGUUGUGUGUGCCUGAGCUCUCCUGUCCUCUCCCCCCCGGUAGCUCCGCCUCCUUCCCCCGGCUCUCAUCACACUGACGAUGUCCCGGGGCUCUCGGAGGUGGCGUUAGAUGGCAGCCUCUGGGGGUGACAGGCGAGAGCUGUGAGCGCGGAGCUGGGACACUGGGCGUCAUGUCGGCCUCGCAGGAUGAAAGCUCGGUGCGGGUCGCUCUCCGAAUUCGUCCUCAGCUUGCCAAAGAAAAAAUUGAAGGCUGUCAUAUCUGCACUUCUGUGAUACCUGGCGAGCCACAAGUCUUCCUAGGAAAAGAUAAGGCAUUCACAUUCGACUAUGUCUUCGACAUUGAUUCCAAACAAGAUGAAAUCUACUUGCAGUGUACAGAGAAACUUAUCGAAGGCUGCUUUGAAGGAUAUAACGCCACAAUCUUUGCUUAUGGCCAAACAGGAUCUGGUAAAACAUACUCUAUGGGAACUGGGUUUGACGUAAAUAUAACUGAGGAAGAGCAAGGUAUCAUCCCCCGAGCCAUAAAGCAUCUUUUCCGGCGAAUUGAUGAGCGAAAACAAUCUGCACUGGAACAGGGUCUUACGCCGCCAGAAUUUAAAGUGAAUGCUCAAUUCUUGGAGCUUUACAAUGAAGAGAUACUUGAUUUGUUUGACACAACACGGGACAUUGAAGACAAGCAUAAAAAGUCUAACAUAAAGAUCCAUGAAGAUUCAAAUGGAGAAAUCUAUACAGUUGGAGUAACGACACGUAAUGUGGCCACCGAAGGAGAGAUGAUGCAGUGUUUGAAGUUGGGUGCCUUAUCUAGAACUACUGCCAGUACGCAAAUGAAUGUGCAAAGUUCUCGUUCACAUGCCAUAUUCACAGUCCACUUAUGUCAAACCAGAUUUUGUCCAAAACUUGAUGCGGAGAAUGACUUGGAUAAUAGGAUAACAUCCGAGUCUACACAAAUGAACGAGUUUGAAACCCUUACUGCCAAGUUCCAUUUUGUUGAUUUGGCUGGCUCAGAGCGACUUAAACGUACAGGAGCUACGGGAGACAGAGCUAAAGAAGGAAUUUCUAUCAACUGUGGUCUACUGGCUCUUGGAAAUGUGAUAAGUGCUUUAGGAGACAAAAGUAAAAAAUCCACACAUGUGCCUUACAGAGAUUCCAAGCUAACAAGGCUACUCCAGGACUCCCUUGGCGGUAAUAGCCAAACUGUAAUGAUCGCAUGUGUAAGCCCUUCCGAUAGAGAUUUUAUGGAAACCCUGAACACCCUUAAAUAUGCCAAUAGAGCACGAAAUAUCAAGAACAAAGUCAUGGUUAACCAGGACCGAACAAGUCAACAGAUAAAUGCACUUCGAAAUGAAAUAACACGACUUCAGAUGGAGCUUGUGGAGUAUAAAACGGGUAAAAGAAUAAUCGAUGAAGAUGGAGUUGAGAGCAUCAAUGACAUGUUCCACGAGAAUGCAAUGUUACAGACAGAAAACAACAAUCUACGCAUGAGAAUUAAGGCUAUGCAGGAGACCAUUGAUGCGUUAAGAACCAGAAUCACGCUGCUCGUGAGUGAGCAGGCCAAUCAGGUUCUUGCUAGAGCAGGUGACGGAAAUGAAGAAAUAAGCAACAUGAUACACAAUUACAUCAAAGAAAUUGAAGACCUGCGGGCGAAAUUUAUAGAAAGUGAGGCUGUGAAUGAAAAUCUUCGGAAGAGCUUGUCGAGAGCUUCAUCAAGAGCCUCUUAUUUCUCUUCUCCGUUCUCUGCCUCCUUGAUUCCUGCUGAAAAGGAAACCACUGAAAUAAUCGAUAUGGCUAAAAAAGACUUACAAAAAUUAAAGAAAAUUGAAAAGAAGAAAAAGAAAAGUGUUGUAAAAGAUGAAAACAUGGAGAGCGAGAAGUCUGAGGAGAGAGGCCUUACAGAGAAAGAAUCAAAUGAACUAGAUACUGAAGAAGGACAUGAUGGGAGUGAUCAUGAGGAGGAUGAAGAUGAGGAGGAUGAGGAUGAAGAAGAUGCAGAUGGAGCAGAAAGCUCAAGUGAAUCGGAUUCAGAACUAGAUGAAAAGGAAAACUACCAAGCAGAUUUAGCAAACGUCACCUGUGAGAUCGCCAUAAAGCAGAAACUUAUUGAUGAAUUGGAGAACAGCCAGAGAAGACUGCAUACCCUGAAACAGCAGUAUGAGGAAAAGCUGAUGAACCUGCAGCAUAAAAUUCGGGACACACAACUUGAGAGAGAUCGUGUUCUUCAGAAUAUGGGCUCAAUGGAAACCUGUACAGAAGAGAAAACCAAAAAGAUAAAGACAGAGUAUGAGAAGAAGCUACAGAGCAUGAAUAAGGAACUCCUAAAGCUGCAAGCUGCGCAAAAGGAACAUGCCCGUUUGUUGAAAAACCAGUCCCAGUAUGAGAAACAAAUGAAGAAAUUGCAGCAAGAAGUUUUCGAAAUGAAGAAAACAAAGGUGCGGCUAAUGAAGCAAAUGAAGGAAGAACAAGAAAAAGCAAGAAUGGUAGAAUCUCGCAGAAGUCGUGAAAUUGCACAGCUGAAAAAAGAUCAGCGAAAGCGAGAUAAUCAGGUAAGGAUGCUUGAAGCCCAGAAAAGGCAGCAAGAAGUUGUUCUGCGGCGGAAAACGGAUGAGGUUACGGCACUUCGUCGUCAAGUAAAACCAAUGUCUGAUAGAGUUGCUGGGAGGAUCGUAAAUCGUAAAAUUAGCCUCCCAGAACCAGUUUCAGAACAUGUCAUAGAAGAACAUGACUCAGCCCGAAUAGCAGGACAACAGCGGCCUAAAAUCCCUAUAGCAAGAGUGCAACCUGCAACUUCUAACGCUUUUAAUGGCACAAGGAAAAAACAUCAAAGAAAAGCAUCCAACACUUACACUUCAAAGGCAGCCAGACAGAAAUGGCAGUCACUGGAAAGGAGAAUCACUGACAUUGUGAUGCAAAGGAUGACUAUCUCCAAUAUGGAAUCUGACAUGAACCGGCUACUAAAGCAACGGGAGGAGCUCACAAAGAGGAAAGAAAAAGUUACAAGGAAACGAGACCGGAUUAUGAAGGACACGGGUGAUCCUGACAAAAACAUUAAUGCGCUGAACGAAGAAAUGGAGUCAUUGAGUGCAAAUAUUGACUACGUUAAUGACAGCAUAUCUGACUGUCAAGCCAAUAUUAUGCAGAUGGAAGAGGCUAAAGAAGAAGGCGAUACGAUGGAUGUUACUGCCGUUAUUAGUUCCUGCACUCUAACAGAGGCGAGAUACCUUCUUGAUCAUUUCCUCUCCAUGGCUGUCAGCAAGGGUCUCCUGGCUGCCCAGAGGGAGGCACAAAUUAAAGUUCUAGAAGGGCGUCUGAAACAAAUUGAAAUUACAAGUGCCACACAAAAUCAGCUUUUAUUCCAUAUGUUAAAGGAAAAAGCAGAGCUGAAUCCUGAGCUUGAUGCUCUGUUGGGCCAUGCAUUACAAGACUUAGAUAGCAUUGCAAUGGAAAAUCAAGAAAAUAGCAGCGACGAAGAAGGAUCAUUGCAAAGCCCAGGGACGGAAGGCAGUACGCUUUCAUCUGAUUUAAUGAAACUAUGUGGUGAAGGAAAGUCUAAAAGCAAGGCCAGAAGGAGAACUACUACCCAGCAGGAGUUACUUUACGCAGAUAGUAGCGAGACUGCUGCUGAUCUUGGAGCUGGCGAUAAUGCCUCGUCUACUUGCCUCCCUCCUGUUCCUGAAGUGCAAGGGACUGAGAUUAACCUGGAGACAAGUUCCAGUGCUGUUAGGGAAAAAGACUCCUUGCCUGUUUCUUCUAAAAUAGGCAGCAUAUCUAAGCAAAAUUCGUUGACUGAGAGGCGUAUUCCUGAGCCUUCUCCAUCAUCAAGAAGGAAAACCUAUGAAAGGAGUGGGGAAAAGCUGGGUAAAUCCAAAGAGCAGAAAUUCUCAGACUCGGGAACUUCAGAGGCUAGUCUAUCACCUCCUUCUUCCCCAACAAGCCGAGCCCGUAAUGAAAUGAAUGUUUUUAGCCGUCUCACAGUUUCUCAGGGAAACGCAACAUGUCAGCAGGAUAAGUCUGAUGAAAGUGAUUCCUCUCUGUCCGAGGUACACAGGGGCGUAAUUAACCCAUUUCCUACUUGCAAAGGCAGCAAAUCAUCCCUUGUACAGUGUAUCCAUAUAGCUGAAGGGCACAACAAGGCAGUACUUUGUGUAGAUUCUACUGAUGAUCUUCUGUUCACUGGCUCUAAAGAUCGUACUUGUAAAGUGUGGAAUCUCGUCACUGGACAGGAAAUUAUGUCACUUGGAGGUCAUCCAAACAAUGUGGUGUCUGUGAAGUAUUGUAACUACACCAGUCUAGUAUUUACAGUGUCAACAUCUUACGUUAAGGUGUGGGACAUCAGAGAUUCGGCAAAGUGCAUACGCACGCUUACUUCUUCUGGUCAGGUGAUGGCUUGGGAUUCUUGUGCAGGAAGUCAGAAUAGGACAGUGACCAUUCCUCCUGGUGAAAACCAAAUCAAUCAAAUUGCACUGAACCCUACAGGCACCUUCCUCUAUGCAGCUGCUGGAAACGCAGUCAGAAUGUGGGAUCUGAAAAGGUUUCAGUCUACAGGGAAACUAAGUGGACAUCUUGGACCCGUCAUGUGUCUUACAGUGGACCAGGUUGCAAGUGGCCAAGAUCUAAUUAUCACAGGCUCAAAAGAUCAUUAUAUUAAGAUGUUUGAUAUUACGGAAGGAGCUCUCGGCGUUGUUAGUCCUACACGUUGUCUUGAACCACCUCAUUAUGAUGGUAUUGAAGCACUCAUCAUCAGUGGGGAUUACCUUUUCAGUGGAUCAAGAGACAAUGGAAUAAAGAAAUGGGACCUUUCUCGUAAAGACCUUCUUCAUCAAGUUCCAAAUGCUCAUAAAGAUUGGGUUUGUGCUCUUGGGAUAGUUCCCAGUCGCCCCAUUGUUCUGAGUGGCUGUCGAGGAGGCAUCUUGAAGUUGUGGAACGUAGACACAUUCAUGCCGAUUGGAGAAGUCAAGGGACAUGAUAGUCCUAUAAAUGCAAUCUGCACAAACUCUACUCAUAUUUUUACAGCUUCAGAUGAUCAAACUGUGAGGAUUUGGAAGGCUAAUGGUUCUCUUGAUGGGCAAACAUCAGAUGCAGGGGACACAAGUGAAGAUGUUGCAAGCAACUGAACUGGAAGCCUAAAGAUAUCGUCUUAAGAGGAUACUGUGACAGACUGUUUUCCGUUAAGGCUCUUGGGCAUUUAAUAUAGUAUAGUACACAUACUGGACCUGAAAAACUGGAAGCUUUGUUCUGAAUUGUUUUUUUUUUCUGUAUUCUAGAUCCUUCUAGUGUCUGCAUAACAAGCUCAUUGAGAAGCCUUAUUGGUCUCUAGUUGAAUGACCAUAGUAUGCGUUACAGCUUUGGGUACAAAUGCUAUACGUUUGGCUUUGCGCACUGUAAAAUGGCUCCACUAUAUUAAUGUGCCGUAAAUAUAGGAAAUAAGCAUACAGUGUUUACUUGAAGUACUCCUAUAUUGUCAACCCUCAGAUACGCUGUGUGCCUGUAGUCAAAUCCAAAACUGCCGGGAGCAGAGACAGGCAACUUAUGGCUCUUCUCUCUGACGAAUCCCUCUGGCCAUGCUGACUGUCUUCGUGAGAGAGUGCCAGAAGUUGUAUGUCUUUGUCAUAUAGCUUUGGUGUUAAAUAUACUACACACGACCAAAGUUUUGCUUUUCUGCACACCCUUGUGCCCAGAAUUCUAUGUGCAGUAAUAUAUCGGAAGCAUUACACAAAGUAGUAACUUUUUGUGGCUGCCAGGCAAUGUCCUCUUUGUUAUGUGUGUCCUACCUACAUAUGCUAUAAAUUAUUUUUUAUUUCUUAGACUUUUUUUUUUUUUUUAAUACUUAGAUUUUAUUUUCACAGCUAAUUUUGCGUCUAAUUUAAGCUGCUGCUAUGUGUAUUUUAAAUACGGUUACACAUAAGAGUGGUAGAGAACUGUGUAUAUAAUUUGGUUGUAAAAAGAUCUGCAGCUCCUGCUUUGAUUUUAAAUGCUGUGUGAAUCUUUGCAAAAUAUGCUUUUACGUUUUUUUUUUUUUGGUUUUUUUUUUCCCUUAAUCUUAUUUUGUAAAUUGGACAAAUGCAAAGUUAAUAUAGAUGAAGCAAAUAUUUGUGCAUACGGUAUUAUGUAGAUUGAAAUAACUUGUGAAUUUCAGUUGGGCUAAUGCAUGAAAUAAACACAUGCACAAA